AUGGCAAUAGUUCUCGGCCCCGAGAUGAGGCCGGCGCGGGCAAUAACUACAAUUGGACUUGCACUCAGCAAGCCCUUCCUAUUCAACAACCAAAGACCGACGACGGUUCACCUCCCAGAGGAUAUAGAUCGAUCGAUCGAUCGAUCAUCGAUGGACGAUGGGGAGCCGGCCAGGGACUGGUCGCUGCUGCCCCUCGACGCCGUUGCCUCGAUCUUCAUCAGGCUCGGCGCCGUCGAGGUCCUCAUGGGCGCCGGCCUCGUGUGCCGCUCGUGGCUCGAGGCGGCCAAGUUGCCAGAUGUGUGGCGAGCCGUGGACAUGGAGAACCACGAGGUGGUGUUCCGGAAGAACAGACUUGUCCUGCGCGCAAUGGCGAAGGCAGCCGUCGACCGCUCCGACGGACAGCUUCGGGUGUUCGCCGGGAGGUUCUUUGUCACCGAUGAGCUCCUACACUAUAUCUUAGAAAGGUCGCCUUCACUCUCUACCCUGAGGCUUGUAUGGUGCAACGUCUUCAGGGCACCACUCGUCAAUGUGAUGAGAGAGUCGCCUCUGUUGGAGCUGCGUUCCCUUGAACUUGAAAUAUCUCGCAUCACCGUGGGAGUACUGAGCGACGUCCUUGAGAACUGCCCUCGCCUGGAGGUUCUUUGGGUGCGCGAUUGCUCCGGGAUCAAGGACCACCACGAGCAUGCCCUGCGAGCGCAAUUCCCACGGAUACAGACCAUCACCGUCGAACGUGAUGUUGCGUUCCUUUGGCCUGCCUGUUCUGAUUAA